CGAAAGGGGGACCCGGCGGAGCUUUGUUCUUCAAUCGCACAGGUGUCGUUGAUCAUGUAUCGCACAAGUGUCAGUGAACAGAUGGUGUUUGGCUUUGGGUCGCAUGCCAACAUGGCGAAAAGGACGCCGGACCUCGGCGACAGGACAUUGCGAUGAUGUCCUGUCGGACCGCGCUUAAGAAACAGGUGGAGGAAAGACCGGACCCGGCGACUUUCAAUACAAGACCUGUUGGAGGGGUACUGCUAUAUGGUUGUGUGGUAACAUAUAGGAAGACCUCCCAGUUUGAGCCCUUCUUCAAGGAGGGAAACAAACACCAAACGCAUUUUGGUUGUCUCCGGAUCCAAACAUCUCACACGCAUACUUCUUCCAAGCCGUGGAUGCGGAUCUUCCUUUGAAGAACUCUCACCACGAAGAUUCCAGACUCGAUCUUCAUGACCGACCAGGACCUUCCAAGCUUUGGUUUUAGAUGGUUUUAGACUAAUAGCCUGGGCACCUGUCACCAGGUGUUUCCCGAUCGAACGAGGGGUCCGAGUAUCCAUCACCCACGAUCUGUUGGCCAUUGGUCCAAUCUUUGGACGGUUUCUUCACGUGACGAAGAUGGCUUCUCCAAGGUUGGCCGUGAGUGUUUUAUCCUUCCUGGGUUUGCUCACGACCUGCUGCUGUCGCUCCUCCGGCUAUGGCAAGAGCAAUCGACCCUUGGUCUACGAGUCCCUCACCGAGCGCGUUUGGUGCUGCGCAGCGCGCACCACCAGCCGGAUGCAGGGAAGACAUGAUGACGCAAGGACUGCUUGCUGUGCAUAUCAACCCCUCCAGCAGCUGGAGACAGGAGCUGGCGAGCCGCUGAUGCCCAACGCCAGCGAGCUCGAAGGAAGGUAGACCGGGCGAAAGGUGACCGGGGUAGCGUGGCUGGAGUGUUCGUGGGAUAGCAAUGCUUGGAGCUGUGGACGUGGGGUUUCUGG